CCUCUGCUUCUGCCACUGCUGUACCAGCAUCUGCGUAGAUAGGCAUCGCCGCCUCCCGCUGUCAUGAGCAUCCUAUGCGGCGGGCCCUCCCGUCUUCUCAGGGAUGCAUGCCUGGACGCCUGGCAGAAAGGCGCCGUCAUCGUCUUCAACACGGUGCACUUGACGCGAUCAUGGAGCGUGCAGGUUAUCCAGUCGAGGAGGUGGAUGCUGGGCGGCGCUCGCGGAUGAUUUGAUAGUGAAGGUAGACCUUGAAUGAACUGGUAUCAUUCCAAGAAACAUGUAAGGAAACUAACGAACGAGACAAGACGUACUGGC